GUCGUCUUAUCGCUGUGAAGCUGGUGCUGGAGAGCUGUUCUUCUAUCUGUUGCUUCUCUUUGUUAACUGCUUUUCAAUACUGUCCAUAGCACACAAUGUCAUUACCCAGAAGAAUCAUCAAGGAAACCGAAAGAUUGGUAUCUGAUCCAGUUCCAGGGAUUUCUGCUAUUCCUCAUGAUGACAACCUUAGAUACUUUGAUGUUUUAAUCGAGGGUCCAACUCAAUCCCCAUAUGAAGGAGGCUUGUUUAAAUUAGAGCUAUUUUUGCCUGAUGAUUACCCAAUGAUGGCACCAAAAGUUCGUUUUUUAACGAAAAUUUAUCAUCCAAAUAUUGACAGAUUGGGUCGUAUCUGUUUGGAUGUAUUAAAAUCAAAUUGGUCUCCUGCUUUGCAAAUCAGAACUCUUUUAUUGUCAAUUCAAGCAUUGUUAGCUAGCCCAAACCCUGAUGAUCCUUUGGCUAAUGAUGUAGCCGAAGAAUGGAAAAAAAAUGAAAAUACUGCAAUCGAAACUGCAAAAGAAUGGACCAGAAAAUAUGCUACAGAAAAAUCAUAAUUAUUUCAUUUUAUCUUGGGUUUUUUUUUGUUUUUUUUUAUUACUCUUUUUUAUCUUAGUUUUAAUUCAUUUUUAUUUUAUUUAGCAAUGCUUUUAAUUUUUUUUUGCCCUAUUUAUACUGUUGUCUCCUAGUGAUUUUAAUGCCUAUCUAAUAGAGGAAAUUUCAAAGAUAAUGUUUCAUUAUGUAAUUUUAUUUCAUUAAAAUAUAUCAAAAUGUGAUGAUUUAU